AUGAAACAGAAGAAACCUGCCAACAAAAAAAAUAGUAUAACUCAUUUGCCAAAAAAGGGUGAUUCUCCUAAUAUAGGAAUUUCCAAAUCAAGAACUGCAUGUAAACGAUGUCGGCAGAAAAAGAUCAAGUGUGAUCAGGAGUUCCCCAGCUGCAAAAGGUGUGCAAAGCUAAAGGUACCUUGUGUUUCCUUAGACCCGGCCACAGGAAAGGAUGUGCCCAGAUCUUAUGUUUUUUUUCUCGAGGAUAGAUUGACUGCUAUGAUGCGUAUGUUGAAAGAAUGUGGUGUAGAUCCUAUGCAAGUGCGGAGCAACAUCCCUGCAACAAGUGAAGAUGAGCCUUGUGACCCAAGAAAAUAUGAUUCAGUCGCAUCUUUGGGCCAAGUGGGGUUGCUACCAUAUGACGGUUUAUUAGCAGACUAUUUAGUUCAAAAAGGGCAUUCAAUGAAACCUUCAGCUUCAGAUGUCAAAAGUUUAGAAACCCCACCAGACAUACAUGAAGAGCAAAAGAAGUUUCCAAUAAACCCCAUCAACGAAGAUAACAACGCUUUAUUACCAGAAACCGGUAGUCCGAUGACUUCCAACGCGAGAGCUGAAGAACUGCACCAAUCUAAUAAAGAGAUCAGCGCAUUGGCUGCUAUGAAAGAAAGUAGUUUUAACUCUUUUUUGGGAGACUCGUCGGGUAUAUCAUUUGCAAGGUUGGUAUUCACAGCCACUAAUUUCCGACAAGAUUCGGGAGAUGACAUACUUGAUGAAGACAUUAAGCAAAGGGAGCAGAAGUAUAACGAAUACGCGGAGGCGGAAAACAAUCCCCAGUUCGAUCCAUUAGAACUUCCCCCUCGUCAUAUUGCUGAAAAUAUGAUAUCCAGAUUUUUUAUAGACACUAAUUCACAACUGCCUUUGUUACAUAGAGAACUGUUUUUGAAAAAGUACUUUGAACCAAUUUACGGGCCCUGGAAUCCCGAUAUUACAUUGGCUUCUGACAAAACGAAUAUUAAUACAGAUUUUGAAAUUCCAAUCACGAGUACCUUCGCUGCACGUACCGAUCCAAAGCUCGAAAACAAUGACAACAAAAUUGAAAUAUAUUCUUCUAAGGAUGUCCCGUGGUAUGAAACCUGGAAGUUUUUACAAAAAGAUAACAUGAGUUCAGUUAUUGAACUGCCAACAAAACUCCAUAUACCUUAUUUUUUUUUAAACAUCAUUUUUGCUAUUGGUCACGCUACGCAAGUACUUAAGUCAGAUAUCACUAUUGUGGCUACAUAUAAAAGGCGUGCUACCAAAUAUACCACAUCUUUAUUCUCAUCUUCAGACAGACUGGAAGCAUUGGCAGGCACUAUGUUGAUGGUAAUUUACUCGAUAAUGAGACCAAAUAUUCCAGGUGUUUGGUAUACUAUGGGUUCUGUACUGAGAUUGACUGUUGAUUUAGGAUUACACUCAGAAAAAAUCAACAAAAACUAUGAUGCAUUUACGAGAGAGAUUCGCAGGCGACUUUUUUGGUGUGUUUAUUCCUUGGAUCGACAAAUUUGUUCUUACUUCGGUAGACCCUUUGGUAUUCCUGAAGAAAGCAUUACUACUAGAUACCCUAGCCUUCUGGAUGAUUCGUUUAUCACGCUAACGAAUUUAGACGUUGAUGAUUAUUCAGAUUUGCCUAACCCGAAUCCGUCCUCUAAGGUUAUUGCCUUGGCCAUGUAUAAAAUCAGAAGGAUUCAAGCCAAUAUCGUGAGGAUACUUUACGCACCCGGUGCAGAAUUGCCAAGGAAAUUUACCGACCUCGAGAGUUGGCGAAUUGAGACCUAUAAUGAACUGGAACAUUGGUUUCAAGUGGACGUUCCUAAAAAUUUCGAUAUAAUGAAUUGUAAAUUCAAUAGCAUUUGGUUUGAUUUGAACUAUCAUUACUCGAAGAGUAUUCUCUACGGGCUUUCUCCGAAGUGUCCUACUUUAAAUGAAACGGCCUUCCAAAUUGUUCUCAAGAGUACAAAGGGCACAAUAGAUGUCUUUUACAAUCUCUGUGUCAAUAAAAAAAUUGGUUAUACUUGGGUGGCCGUUCAUAAUAUGUUUAUGACAGGUAUGACUUACCUUUAUGUAAACUUCUAUUCAAAAAACAGCAUAAAUGACACCCAUGAAAAAGUGGCCGAGUACACUGAGAAAGUGUUGACAGUUUUAAAGAAUUUAAUAGGUUUCUGCGAAUCUGCAAGAAAUUGUUAUACUAGCUACAAAAUUUUAUCAUCAGUUGUGAUGAAGCUAAAAUUCAUGCAAUUUGGUGAAGAUAAUGCAACCUUCUCGGGCGCAAAUACUCUAACUGCUCAAACAAAGGGCACUUUCAAUCAUAGUCCUUAUAUAAAAAAAGCGAAAACUCUUGAUUUUGAUGGCGACACUUUCGAUCAUAAGGGAUUGGAAAAGACUGCUAUUGAAGACAGACCGUCAUUAGAUAUACCUUUAGAAGAGUUUUUCACUGAAUUAGAAAAGUACAAUAUUUCUCAAACUGAUGCGCCAGAUGUAAAUGAAAAUAAUUCAACUAUAAAUGACGGCGAUCCUUUAAAUAUACCUCCUGCCGUGAAUAGCCAAAUGAAUAGCAAUAACCAAGAUAUUAUGGACAUCCUUUUCCAGGUCACUUCAGGAUCUGUAUGGGACGAAUUUUUUGUCAAAUCCGGUAAUGCAAAUGAAGACGAUUAUGAUUUUAACAAGGGAAGUAAUGCUGGAUCCAACGGUUUGAUUUGA